AUGGAUUUGAUAGCCUACAGGAAGCUUAAUUUUCACAGUGGAGUAGUCUUUGCCCACGGAGUUCAGAGGAGCAUAGAAUAUGUUGUUAUCGAGAGCCAGGUAACCCACUUGAUUUCCAAGCUCCUCCCUAGUUCUCCUCAGCUGCUUGCCUUCACAAUACCACUCCCAGCAUCGAGCAGCAUUUGGGCAGAGCCAAAGCGCCCUUUACCCCUUCCUGGUGUCAGACAGACAAUCUGACAGGCAAACCUUCAAGCCCUGGAAGCAAGAACUUCUGCCAUCCCCCCCUGCCACCAAACCAGACCAAAGGAAUGUAGGCCUCUGUUGAUGGACCAGCGGACUCUGAGAUUCCCUCUGGCCAGAUUCUGCAUGGCUUGGUUCUCCCUGCAGGCUGUCUGCCAUUUUGCCCAGGGUGAGCCGCGUGACUUGCCGGCUGGCGGAGCUGCUGGGCUUCCGCUGGAAGACGCCACCCAAGAGCAGGGUUACUACCUGCAGCAGUUGUUUCAGCAGUAUGGUGAGAAUGGCACUUUGUCCUUCGAGGGCCUGACCCGCCUCCUGCUAAACCUGGGGCUGGGAAAGGUGCAGGUGGUGGAGAUUGAACACGAGGAACUGGGACACGGCCAUGUCUCCCAUCUGGACAUCCUUGAGGUCCAGGAGAACAAGCACCUGCACUCCCACUCAGCACUGGAUCACCUCAGCAGGACAGAGGACGGGGCCGAGGCUCAAGGGGAGAGCGUCACCCCCACCAGGCCAGGAUUCUCUCUGCUGGACCCUGAACUCCAUACCCCAGUUUCUCCUACCUUCCAUGAGGUCAGCCACGUCCUCAAGCCCAGCUUUGGGCAAGGCCGAGAGAAAUCCGACAAGGAGAAAGAGGGAAAUGUUUUCAUGCCUUCCCACGGACAUUCUAAGCUGAACCUUCUGGAGGGAGUCAUUACCUUGGAUCACUCAGUCUUCAAUCACCUGCAUGAAGAUUGCCUUAAUGUGUCUCAGUUGCUUGUCAAUUUUGGCAUGAAUACCAUCUCCAAAAUCACCCCAGAGCAGUUCACCCUGCUGUGCCCAGCUCUGCUGUACCAGAUCGAUAGCCGUGUUUGCAUCCAGCACUUGGACGAUGUGACUUUUGACAUGGCCGGGAAUUCCCUCUGGAUUGGCCUGGGCUGGGGAUUUUUGGCUAUCACCCUGACCAGUGCACCCUCAGCACUAGCCAUCAUCCUGGUGCCCCUACUCAGUCGAGAAAUCUUCCAGUUCCUCCUGACUUUUCUGGUGGCCUUGGCUGUGGGGACAUUGUGUGGGGAUGCUUUGCUGCACCUCUGGCCACAUGCGCAAGUGAGUUCCCAUGGCUUGCUGUCCUCGGAAGAAGAUGGCAUCCUGAAGGGUCUGUGUGUGCUAGGAGGCAUUUACUUUCUCUUCCUCACUGAGAAUCUCAUGGGGACCCUCAACCAAAUUCGUGCAAAGAGGAAACGUGCUGCUGGAAAGCAACCUGAGCAAUCUUCCACUAAGGCAGAUGAGAAUGACACAGAGAGGACAUUGCAUAGUGUUGAAUUGCAGAGUUUGAGAGUGCCAAGAGAGGACACUGGAAAUGUAUAUGGUGAAGUCCAGGAGUACUCCAUUGAAAUUCACAACUCAGAAGAUCACAGGACAAGCCUGGAGAAGCAAACAGAAGAGAUACCUCAUCACGGUCACUCCCACAGCCCAGUUGGGACUCUCAAGGCUGGGAUCGCUGGCAUCGCUUGGAUGGUUAUCCUUGGGGAUGGGGUCCACAAUUUCACAGAUGGAUUGGCAAUAGGGGCUGCCUUCUCGGAUGGACUCUCCAGUGGCUUAAGUACUACAUUGGCAGUCCUCUGCCAUGAACUACCCCAUGAACUGGGAGACUGUGCUGUUCUACUCCAGGCAGGCAUGCCUUUGCGGUGGGUGCUGUUGUUUAACCUGCUGUCUGCUUUCCUGGCUUAUUGGGGCAUGAUGUUAGGGACAAUUGUCAGUCAGAACACUUCUCAAGUCACUCCCUGGAUCUUUGCCACCACAGCUGGUGUUUUCCUUUACGUAGCUCUGGUUGAUAUGCUACCUGAAAUGUUGCAGCGGCAUUCUACCAGCAGCAAAAAAAGAUCCUUCAGACACUUCGUUCUUCAGAACGUGGGCUUUCUCUGUGGAGGUGGCCUUAUGCUCUGCAUUGCUCUCUUUGAAGAACACAUCAGUGUCCGCAUGAAUGAGUAGGACAUUUCGAAAGGAAAGCUGCAAGGCGAAAUGCACUCCUGGCUCUGUUGUCAGUUAUGACUGUCUUCUUCCUAUAGCUGAAAAGGCAGCUGUAAAAUCCUUUUCUGUAAUUGGGUAAUCUAAGGAAGUUGAAGAGGAGAACAAAAGAAAGUUUGGAAGAGGGACAAACUCUUUUGACAACUGCCCCGACCCUGUGUUAAUAGGUAUGGUGGCAGUAAAACUAUGUGCCAUGAAAAUUUAUGUCUGAUUCAGCCUGCUUGACAUUAUUAUAAAAAGAAAGUAGGUUGCCACUAAAAUUAGCUUGUUGAAAACCCAUUAUACUUUGUUAAAAUGGAAGAGGGGGCAAGUUGUCUUAGGAGAGAGUGGACCUAAUUUAAAUGUAUUGUUUUGUAACGUAAGGUGAAAUUAUUUAAGAAACUGUACCUAUUCUAAGAAACCUGUUGGUUCUAUUACGGUACCAGGUACUCAUAGUUCCUAUUGCAUUUUGGUUAAAUAAUGGUUUCAAAAGCAGCAGUUAUGCCAUGUUAGAAAUUUCGGUCUUCAACGACACGAAUACCUGAUUAAACCUGAGGCAGCAUUCAAGAGGAGCUUCAGAGUUGUUUUCUGUGAUGGGAAGAAAGGACUCCUGUAGGUGCAUAGGUAACAAAUACAGAACAGAGAAGCUAGAUAAGAGUCAAUUUUUUCCAGCUACAAGAGACAAAAACAGGAAGACGCUCAGACACCAACCCUGCAUUAAUGUCUCCUCUGAAGGAAUCUAAGAAAGUCCCAGCAGAAGUAAUAAAAGCACUUGCUAAAAGGGCAGAUGAAACUUGUCUUGAAAUUUCAUUUUUUCAGCAGCAUUCAUUGACACUACCGAUACGAAUAUCCGAAAAAUGUUUCUGCUGGGGACACUUCAUAAUAUGCUGCACAAGGUUGCUGGAGGCAACAGGGUAGCAUUUCAAUCUCUUAAAUCAGGAAACUUUCAAAGUCUCCAGCACAAAUGGUAAAGAACAAGUUGUCCAAGGAAGGGCCAGCAGUGUUGGAAUAAACAACUGCGAAAGGCAGGAAAGAUGAUACAUGCGAAAAAGCAGCCGAGGUACAAGA